UACAGAUUCGGGCUGCGGUCUCACCCGCUCCUUGACUUCAAAUUGGGUCCGAUUUCCAGAGCUGACAAAAGGAGGAGGAGGAGGAGGAGGAACUACCGGGAAGGAUCCCACUCCUGAGGCAGGAGAACUGGGAGCAGCUGGAACACGACUAGAGCUGUAAGAAUGAGGGGCGGCUGGAUUCUGCUGAGCCUGACUCUGAGCUCCCUCUGCGGGGCCACGAUCGCAGCAGCAGCCAGGACUUCCUCUCAGACAGAGGACUUGUACCUUGAUGAUCGUGGAUCAGGAGGUUACUAUCCAGUAGAUGACGACGACUUUAACUCAGGCUCCGGCUCUGGUGGAGAUGAGGAGAUGCUGGAAGAAACCGUGACUGUCAGUAGGAUUUAUAUUGAGCCCAAUGCAGCUGAACCUACCAAGGACUCUACCAAGUCCUUUACUCCCAGGAUGGACCCCGGUGUUGAAGGAGAGGCCAGAGAUGGCACACCCAGGAAGCCUUUCAGGACAGAGACUCCAGUUCCAGUCACAGAAGAUCUGCAGAGGAGCCAGUUAACCAGUACAACCGAAUUGUCUGGUUCUCCGCUGGAACCCAUUGACGUUCGGACUGACAGCCUGUUCCAGAGGACAGAGGUGUUGGCAGCUGUUAUUGCAGGCGGCGUGAUUGGUUUCCUGUUUGCCAUCUUCCUCAUCCUCCUGCUGGUUUACAGAAUGAGGAAGAAGGACGAAGGCAGCUAUGACCUGGGACAGAGGAAACCUUCAGGAGCAGCCUAUCAGAAGGCUCCAACCAAGGAGUUUUAUGCAUAAAGUCUCGCCGUCUGUCGUGAUGAAGCCAUUGCAAGAACCCGUCGGACCCACAGUCCAACUCUUCAAACAGGAAACGUUUCACUGAAGCUGCUCAGAGGAGAACUUUUCCUAGAGAACUUUGUUUUUUCAUCUAAGGCCAGACUUUCUGUCUCCUUGUGGAGUUAACCUGUUUGUGUUUUAGUAUGUCUAAAGAUGUGUCACCUUCAUGUUCUUCACCUUCGUGCUGUUUCUCCUCUAGGUUAAAGUUCCCUUUCCGUUCUCACAUCAGAUCUCAGUCCGACCCAUCAGCCUCCAAGUGUUCAACUCAGUUUGGUUCCUUAUGCCGCUGCGGUUGGAUCUCUGCACAGCUAGUGUAAAAUCAGAACCAUUUAGAGCCAUGUGCAGUUCUAAGUCCAGAAUCAGAACCAGUAAGAAUCUUCUACAACUAAACUGGGUCCUGGUUCUGCC